UGACAGCUAGACGCGCCUCCUAAUCUCACUCCCGCCUCCAGCUCGAACCCGCAAGUAUACCUCCAGAUAGCACCUCGAGCCUCCGCGUCGUUCGGCUCCUACCGCAAACGCGCCCUUUCUUCUCUCUUCAUACAGCAAGCUCUCCUAGCCAGGGUCCCCGCAUUGCCGCGACCUCAGCAAGCCAUAUGAUCCACCGGAGCCAGUCAAAUGCCCCCGCUCGUGGUCCGGACAAGCCUCCCUAGCCCCGCGCAACCCAGCGACGCCGCCAAUCUGUGGAGCCCCUUCAACCACCGAGCCUGCCGCCCACCGUGUCCCUCCGUUUCUGCCCCCUCGUGCGGCCUGCCACCGCGGGGCCUCUGCUGCAGCAGACACCCGUCCACCCACGCCCCACCGGCACGCCAGCUUAUCUCAUCGUCCGCCGCCGCAGGCUCGCGCUCCAGGCCGCCACCGCUUCCCCGCCCUCGCCAGGCCCCGUCCUUCCGCACUCGGCACUGGCACCGCGCACGACACCCGCAUCCAGCACCAAGCAUGCCAGCGCCGUCUCACACGUCCGAGCGCAUGAACCCCCGGUGUUCUAUCACGUCAUGCUCACGUCCCGGCGGGCCCCCACUCGCUGCCAGGUCCCCGCAGACGGCCGCGGCGUGCAUCCAGGCUCCCCGCGCUCGCGGGCUCUCACGCGCACGAUUGCGGGGCGGCGUGCAUGGGACUUUGACGCUGCCGCUUUCGGACGGACCGUCCUCGAGGGGGACCCGAAGAUCCCGCGCGGAGUGCGAGCAGUGCGGGUGCGACUGGCUUGGUGUGUUAUAACGUCGCCAGCGUGCUUCGUGGAGGGGGGCUUGCCCCGGGAGCUUCGGAGGGAGAUAGCAUGGCCUUAAGGCAUUGUAAUAGCCCAUCCACCGUAGUACAGCGUCUGCAUGCUAAUUUAAAUUGACGUCACUUUAAACAUCCCAUCUCA